UAUAAACAACAGUAUGGCCUUCAACAAUUAGAUUCACAAUAAUUGGUGUUCUUCAUGCAUUUCACUUUAAAGAUGUGUCAAAAUUUUCAAAAUUUUCUAACUUUUUCAUUCCGAUUUUUGCAUAUUGUAUCAAGGAUUAGGACGAUUAAAGAGUAUGAAGCUUUUUAACUCGUGAAGUGACAAUUCUGAAGGUUCGAAAAACGUGUAUUGUUCCAAAUGUUAACAAUGAACUAAUUGCAAUCCGAUUAGCCAUAUUUAGUCUGCUUACGUUUUGAAGUAAUUAUUGCGGCUCGUACUUUUAAAAUAAAAUGAAUGGGAAUGAGGAAUGUUUUGAUUGUGUAGACUUUUCAUUAUAAAAGACCCUUCGUACAGUACAAUAUACAUAACAAGCCCAGUUUACACUUAAUUUAUAAAGGGACGUAACACCACUACUAACCGUGUAUGAAAUAAGCCCGCCUCCCUACUAACCUAAUAUGGAAUAUACACGGUCUCCACGCGGACGCUUUUAACCAAUCAUAUUCCGAGAAAUGUAUAGGAGGUAAGAUAAAUUAAUAUACUAACUCGAAUUAAUUCUGCGCCCACUAGCCUUUCGAACGACUGACAUUAUUCGGGUUAAGAUUAUACAUUAUAUUCUUUUGUAUGAGUACAAUGAAUACAUCAUGACAUCGUUUAAAUGAAAUUUAAAAAUUUGAUCAAAAGAAAGAGUUAUCAUGAAUGCUUCGGAAUCACCAAUUACUUUGGAGACUUUGAAUACGGAGGAAAUGAUGGAGCGUAUUCCGACACUCGUUUAUUUAUCAUUGGUCAUGAUUAUCGGGAUACCUGGGAAUGCUUUGGUAAUUCUAAUAUAUUUCGGAUCGUUAUGGAAACUCGAAGGAUCACACUGGACUUUUAUCCGUACCAUUACUAUUGUAGAUUUCCUAAUAUGCAUAAUAAUUAUUCCUUUUGAAUUUUACCAGCAGACACACCAAUUAACAUUUUAUGCAGAAAGCGCAUGCAAGUCGUUCAAAGUAAUAAGUGUUCAUCUAUCUGCAAUGGCUUCACUGUUGCUAGUAAUGAUGUCCGCUAAUAGAAUGUACAGAAUUUGGUGGCCAUUAAAAGUUCCGUUAUCAUCACGUCAAGCUUUGGUUAGUGUCAUUAUUCUUGGGAUUUUUGUAACAGCCGUUUCCUGGCCUGAAGGUAAAUUAAGUGGAAUAAACCUAAAACAACGAAAACACAAUAUAACUGGGUAUGACUGCGGUUUGGAAGACAGAUAUAAGCGCACAAUAUAUCCCUUCGCUUAUAGUGUUGUGUUACUUGUAGGGUUUGUUUUAUGUGUCUCUUCAUUAAUAACGAUGUAUGCGAUCAUAUGGAAUAAACUCCGAAAGAAAGACUAUUUCAGGUCAACAAGUUCUGCACAUUCGCAAAUAGAAAUCCCUGUUGAGUCUAGUGUACAAACAGUUGUUUUAGAAGAUGAAAGUAGUGUUUCAAAUAAUAAAACUGUCAGUCAGAAAAUUAAAGGUAAAUUUUCCGGCUCUAGUACAAAAUCUCUUCAAAGACAAAGGAACACUUCGCAAAGAAAUCGAGAAUCCAGAAAAGUGACAAAAAUUGCAUUUGUUAUAAGCAUUGCCUUCAUUUUAAGCUAUUUACCAUUUAUAACAGUGAAAAUGGUCUCUUCCCUUUCAAAAGGUCAGUACAUGUCAGAUAGUUUCAUCGAAGCAAUAAUUCCUAUCUUGUCCAGAUGUUUUCUACUUAACAAUAUUAUAAAUCCAUUUGUGUAUGUUUGCUUAGAUCAGACAUUCCUUAUACAAUGUAAAAGAGUAUUAUUAUGUAGACACAGGUGUAAUUUGUAUUAAAAGUUGCCAAUUUUCCCCAAAGUACGAUACUUGUACUUUUAAUGUUUACUGAAAACGUGUAAAUGUUUUCUCUUAUACAUCCACCACCUAAAUACUUUCGCACACGUACAUGUAAGGCUAACCAUUAUUAUGUGAAACAGUACCACGAAUAGUUGGACUAUUUAUUAGCUCUAUAAUUGUCAAAUAGAAACUCUUUGUUGAUUUUUUAGUUUAUGGAAUGAAGCUUUCUUAGUUCAAAAUAGAGAUAAAGAUGUUUUUGAUGAAGUUUA